GUUUUGCCCUCGUCGAGCUCUGCCUUUGCCAACCGCAGCGAAACGACCCCUUCGCCUGUCUGUCCAGCCCGAAUCGUUCGUGACGAAAGCCGCAACAAGUCUCGUCCUGUCUUGUGCCUCUCACGCCCUACUCCUCCCACACAGACUCAUUCCAUCGCGCAACAAACUAAAAUGUCUCUGCGAGUCCUGGUUCCGUGCAAGCGUGUGAUCGACUACACCGUCAAGAUCCGGGUCGCUGCCGGCAAAAUCGAGACAGCCAAUGUCAAGCACAGCAUGAACCCCUUCGACGAGAUUGCUGUCGAAGAGGCCGUCCGACUGAAGGAGAAGAAGAUCGCCAAGGAGGUCGUCAGUGUCUCGAUCGGCCCCGCCAAGAGCCAGGAGACUCUGCGAACUGCUCUGGCCAUGGGCGCCGAUCGUGCUGUCCAUGUCGAGGUCCCCGACGGUGUCGAGGUCCAGCCUCUGCAAGUUGCCAAGCUGCUGAAGGCCGUUGUUGAGAAGGAGAAGCCCGAGCUCGUCAUUCUCGGCAAGCAAGCCAUCGACGACGAUGCCGGCCAGACCGGUCAGAUGCUUGCUGGACUACUGGGCUGGCCACAGGCCACCUUCGCCUCCAAGAUCGAGUUCCAGGAGAAUGCCAGCAAGUUGCAAGUGACCCGUGAGGUCGAUGGUGGUCUGGAGACUCUGCAGUCCUCGCUCCCGGCCAUCGUUACCACCGAUCUGCGCCUGAACGAGCCGCGAUAUGCCACCCUGCCGAACAUCAUGAAGGCCAAGAAGAAGCCUCUUGAGAAGGUCAGCCCCUCAGACCUGGGCGUCGACAUCGCUCCUCGUCUCGAGACCAUCAACAUCACCGAGCCGAGCAAGCGUCAGGGCGGCAAGAGGGUCGCCGAUGUCGAGGAGCUCGUCGACAAGCUGAAGAACGAAGCCAAGGUCAUCUAAACCCCUGUCGGCCCGACCAUGCUCUGGUUCGUCCAUCAAGAUCGACGCAUGCCCGUCGCCGGACAAUAUUUGCACGAUUGGAGCAUGUCUAUAUACUCGCAACACGCACCGCUGCUCUUUGCCAUCGA